CGCAUAUCCCACAACCCCAGCUCGAGUUGUCGAGGUAGCUUGACCUUUGUCUUGUGCGGGAAUUCCCACCGCCGUUGAACCACUUUGUCUCUUUUCCCAUCCUCCAAACAAGCUACUGGGCCUAUCUAUCUCUGCUUCUCGCUUGUGUGACCAUCCCGCCGCCGCCGCCAUCUUCCGCCGUCCGCUCUCCGCCUGUUCUCUGACCGACUCGACAUGCGCAGUCUUGACCUGAAUCUCGGUCAGAUCUCCAACAUCCAGAGCGAUCCCAGCUGAAGGGUCUCGCCUGCCAAUCUGUAUAUACUUCGUGACCUUCACAGUCCCGGUCGCCUUUGCCUUUGCCUUUCCUAGGCCCGCCGCCACUCCGUUGCAGAGAAACCCCCCUCAUCUUCUUCGUCGUCUGUCCGGCCUAGAACCGACCCUUGCCUCUAGCGCCGCCUUAGUCCACUGGGGUUGGGUAGACGAGACAAGAGGUCCCUUCUUCCAACUGUCUGUGUCCACUGCCGAAUGAUGUGUGGAGCUGUCACUGUGCAAGUCAAGAUAGCGUCGCGAUAACAGCCUGGUUCCGACACUUUUGUAUGCCUCACCGACGUCCAGCCUUUCCCACCUUCACUCUCCCCUCUUUCUACUCCCUCUCGCGACCGCACCUUUCGCCAGUCCUGGCCGAGGGACCUGCGCUCACAAAGAAGUCUACAGGACGACCCGUUUCUCCUACUCUCUACAUCGUCUAGAGUCGGCUCUAUAAUCCGCCCCCGGCUCACCCCGACUGGCAGGUAGCCGCGCCUCCGGAACUCAAUCUCAACCCUAUCCUCGUCCCAACCUUCCCCGCCCCGUCUCUUCCCUCCGAAAAGCCGACUGGUACCGUCCGAUCAAGAGACCUUCACCUUACACAAUGCCGGCUCAUUCACCGCCAUCACCCACCCUCAAGCCGACGAAGCGCCCGCGCCAAGGCUCCUACGAUGUCGACGUCUCCCCGCCCCCCUCCGCUGGCAUCGAUCAGAGCCCGUCCGCAGCCGAACAGAAUGACCCGAUGGCCAAUGCCGGCGCGGCUCUGACUUCAGCUGAGAAGAAUGGAGGAGGCGGAGGAGGGAAAGCAGGCCAGAGCAGCAACUUCCGCAACGUGAGCGCCUGCAACCGCUGUCGCCUACGGAAGAACAGAUGCGACCAGAAGCUUCCCAGUUGUGCGAGCUGCGCAAAGGCCGGCGUCGCGUGCGUGGGCUACGACCCCAUCACGAAGAAGGAAAUUCCCAGAAGCUACGUAUUCUACCUAGAAACCCGCGUCGAGCAGCUAGAGGCACUUCUCGCCAACCAGAACAUACCUUUCCCACCAGCCGAGAACCUGGAGCUCUGCUCACGUCCCGGCGCCGAGAUCGCGAGAUCGACGACUGAGGUUGCUCCCUCGGCACGCUCCGAGAGCAAUGAUGGACCUGGGCCAGCGAAGAAUAACAUCCACCGCCCCGACUUGGAGAAGGCCAAAAAGGCAGAGAGCGGUGGUACGGGAAUGCUCGAUAUAGUCAGCCCAUCGAAACCACGAUCACUAGCGUCGGCUUCAGGGGUCUCCUUUAACCGCGUAGUGUUCGCCGCUGUGCAAUACUCCGUGUCGGAUCACAACGGGACGCAGGAUCGAAUUGGUGGCAAGGGCUUACCGAUCGGCAGCGGGACAUCUAUGCGCGACUCCUUCUUUGGUUUGCACACGAAACCCACGAUCCGGCCAGCGAACUUCCCUGACAAGGACGUGGGAAUGAGGCUUGUGACCCUCUACUUUGAGCACGCGAAUCCUCAGAUCCCCAUUCUGCACCGAGGGGAGUUCAUGCAAAUGUUCGAUCAGGCGUACGCUGAUCCGAGUGGGCCAAAGGGAGCUCGGGAGCUGUACAUGCUGAAUAUGGUCUUCGCAAUCGGAUGCGGUGUGAUUGUGGGCGAACCUGUAAAAUCCGAAGGCUCGGGUGCCGGACCGCGCAAUCCAGCGGAUGCGAACAAGUUUGGCCAGGCACAGCCAGAGGAGUACCAUGCGAGCGCCAUCGUGCAUCUUGAGGCUUGUCUAGGCAAUAGCGGCGGUGGGUUAGAGGUUUUGCAAGCUGUGCUGCUGUUGGCCAACUUUGCGCUCCUCCGACCCGUCCCCCCCGGUCUAUGGUACAUCAUCGGCGUUGCUGUACGCUUGGCUGUGGAUCUUGGCUUGCACUACGAAGACGGAAGCGACGUAGAGCCGGCAAUGCGAGAUCUAAUCAAGGAUGAGAACGGCGAAGUCAACGAAGCAAGGAACGCCCAGUCACGCGAGAGGGGCCGACGACUGUACAUCCGCGACAUGAGACGGAGGCUUUGGUGGUGCACCUACUCUUUGGAUCGACUGGUGAGCACCUGCGUCGGACGACCAUUCGGCAUCAGCGACCAGGUCAUCACGACCGAAUUCCCUUCGCUCUUGGAUGAUCAAUACAUCGCAUCGACUGGAUUCUUGGAGAUGCCUGCCGACUCAUCCGAACCGAGCUACAAGCACGUAGCUUACCAUUACUUCAAACUGCGGUUGUUGCAAUCCGAGAUCCUCCAAGUGCUGCAAUAUAACCAGACACAGGUCGUGCGGGCCUCGGGCCAGAACCUAACCAACUCGGACAUGCACACUCACCUGCCGUCGCCGUUUCUCGUCAAGUUCGACUCCUUCCGCUCGUGGCGCAUCGAUAUCGACCGCAGGUUGUACCAGUGGAAGAACUCAGCGCCGACGCGGGAGGAGACGGGUGUGGCGUUUUCGACCGAAUUCUUGGAGCUCAACUAUUGGCAGGCCAUCAUCAUGCUCUACCGCCAGAGCCUGAGCGUGCCCGCCAUGUUCGAGGGCGAGUACAACACCUCCACCGAAGUGAACAGCCCGACAGCGUUCCAGGCGGAGCUGCGGGAGGACGAGGACAGGAUCUAUCUCAAGGUCGCCGAAGCCGGGCAAAAGAUUCUGCGUAUCUACCGCCAGCUGCACUUGAGCGGGCUGGUCAGCUAUACGUAUCUGUCAACUCAUCAUCUUUUCAUGGCUGGCAUAUCCUACCUCUACGCCAUCUGGCACUCGCCUAUUGUCAGAAGCCGACUGACAAUGGACGAAGUCGACUUCACUAUCCUGGCCGCCAAGUCUGUCUUCACCGACCUGAUCGACAAGUGCCCACCCGCUGAGACCUGCCGAGACGCCUUUGAUCGCACUGCAAAGGCCACCAUCAAGAUGGCCAACUCGACCGGCGGCUUCAACUCGGUGCCCCCACGCAAGAUGCGUGAGAGACAAUUCGAGUGGAGCUCCGCCUCAGGCGACGGGGCAUCGACAUCGACUGCGAGCGUCGCACCUCGCCGUCGCCACCAGCAACACCAGUCGUCGGGCCAGGGCAACUUCCAGAUGGACAUGGCGCUGUCUGAUACCCUCUCGUCGCCAAGCCUCUCUGUUGCCGGUGACCUCCCACCACGUCAUUCCCCGCGCGCAACGGACUUCAAUAUGAUGGCCCCCAGCCAGGGCAGCCCCUCGGAAAUCGACCCUUCUUUCGUGGCCUCGCCGCCAGUGCCUCGUCGUGUGGCGAAUCAGCGAACCAGCAGCGGUGGAUCCUUUUUGAAUCAACAGCAACCGCAAGGGUCGUCAUCUUAUGGCGUGGCCGACUACCCCGACAUCCAGACUAUGGAUUUCUUCCAGAGUUUGCAGGGUGGUAACCCCAACGGCGAGCUCGGUGGAUCUGGGGAUGUGACAACGCCGCAGCUUGACCUAGGAUUCGGCAUCAACUGGGAUAACAUGCACCACGACUUCAGCGAAGGCCAGCAGAUGAACAUUUUCGACGGCUUCUUCUUUGGAGGACAGCAGCAGUCACAGGCGCAGCAACAGCAACAGCAACAGUCCCCGGAUCAGCAGCAGGGUCCAAACGGCAACGCUAAUGGGCGAAACGGGAUGUGAAGAGGAUGAGACAAGCCAAAAAUGAAAGAAAGAGAAAAGAGAAAAUGGCACGACGCCGGCGGCCUCUUGGAAAGAGAUUAUUCCACGAUGACGCCUCCGUGCUAGAAAUGCAUUACUAGCCCUUAUGAUGAUACCAACACAAAACGAAAACGGCUGGGAAACGCCAAAAAUGGAAGGGCUGGCGUGUGUGUGUAUAGGUCACGACGCCGGCGGCCUCUGGGAGAAAUCCCAGUUGACGCCUCCGUGCCGGACACGCCAUAUCCUCUCUGUGUGAGAGAGGAAGACGCCAGCCGGGCUUCAUGACUUACAGUAUAUUAUAAUGUGACGAACCAUGCCCGUACGAAAGAUACGGACACAGCCCGAACAACGGAUCAGAAGAAGCAGGGAUGGCAGGCAAGACCUUUUUUUUAUUUUUUUUACAAUUUACGAACCGGAUUGGCAAAAGGAGGGGAUCAGAUCUUUCUCAAAUCACAACGCAAAAAGGAAAAACUCGGUGCUUUCAGAUGUAUAUUGCGUGGAUGGACAUACUCAAAAAUGAACGGCGAGAGUGGUUUCAUGUUGAGACGGAGAAUGGGGGAGGGAGACUGGUUCCGUGGGCGCAAGGAAAAUCUGUUGCUUGCAGUCUGAUUUGGUAUACCCAGAAAAGCGAGUUGAGUGGAAGGGAAAGGGGGAAAGUAGAUAUGAAGUAGUGAGCGUUAAGGAAUGAGAGCCGGCGAGACUCGUCGGUUCUUCAACGUAUUGGACCGAAUGAGGAAAAGGAC